AUGGUGGCAGAAGAUUGGUUAAAGUCAGUAGAAGCUAUCUUUGACCACAUGGACCAGAAUGACCAUCCAAGGGUUUCGUGUGUAGCUCACCUACUCAAGUUGGAUGUAAGAAUAUGGCGGGAUGUGGUGAAGCAGACUCGCGACUUGAACACUAUGACAUGGGCAAACUUUGUUCAAGCAUUUGGCAAGAAGUACUACAGUGCAGCUGUAUUGGCAACCAGGGUGGAAAAAAUUGUGACUUUUGUUCAAGGUAACUUUUCCAAUACCUAUUACGCUCAGAAGUUUGUCAGGCUAGCUUGUUUUGCACUUGAAAUAGUACCAACCGAAGCCAUGCAGGUCCAAAGGUUUAUGAGGGGACUUAUGCCUAUGAUUGCUAGAGAUGUCAAGAUGACCGAUGGUUAG